AUGGGAGGGUUUACGGUGAACGUUAUUAGUGCCUAUGCCCCGCAAGUUGGUUUGGACGAAGAGGAGAAGAAAGAAUUUUGGGAGGUUUUAGAUAAGAUGGUGAGGAACAUCCCGAGCACUGAGAAACUUUUCGUGGGAGGAGAUUUCAAUGGGCAUAUUGGGUCUUUGUCGAAAGGGUAUGAUAAUGUGCAUGGCGGUUUCGAUUUUGGUGAGCGAAAUGAAGGAGGAACUUCUCUGAUGGAUUUUUCUAGGGAUUUUAGGUCGUGGAUAGCAAAUUCAAGAUUUCUGAAGAAGAAGGAUCACCUUAUUACAUUUCGUUCUGUGUUGGGAGACUUAAAGAUAUCUGAGGAGGGUCGGUAUUAUAGUUAUUAUAGGCGUAUCGGUGUUAAGAAGGUCAAGGGAGCUAUUCGCAGGAUGCGGCGGGGUAGGGCGACAGGUCCAAACGAGUUCCAAUAG